AGUUGGUUUCUUUCACACCAAUUAAGCAAUCACAGACAACCCCGUCAGAAAUCCAAACUCGUGACUAACAUGGGACUCGAGACCAGGGGAAAAAAAAUAAAAAAGAUUAAGAGCCAGAGAAGCAAACUUCACACCCAGGGCGAGCCAGCAGACGGAGACGAUCCCAUCCAGGAAGGUGUCCUGUGGCCUGACCCCACAAGAUGCCAAGAGAAGAGGCUUACUUCGCCUAUGGUUACCCCAAGACGGGGCACGGCCACUCCCACAUCACAGCUGAAGAGGCUGCAGGGAUUGGCAUCCUGAUAGUGAUCCUGGUAAUUUUACUGCUCAUCAGCUGCUGGUAUUGUAGAAGACGAAGUGGAUACAGAAGCUUGAAGGACAAAAGCAUUUAUGCUGGCACUCAAAGUACCUUAACAGGAAGAUGCCCGCGAGAGGGGUCUGGUCACCAGGACAGCAAACUGCCUUUUCAGGAGGACAAUUGUGAACCUGCGGUUCCCAAUGCUCCACCUGCCUAUGAGAAACUCUCUGCAGAACAGUCACCACCACCUUAUUCACCGUGAGAGUCAGCAAGGCUCCUGAGAGAUGCUGGAAUGAUUUCCUUCACACUUUUGCUUGAAAUUAAUAUGGACAUCUAAUGUUCUGCAUCGGAAUGCUACAGAAACAGUGUACAUCAUCUCUAAUAAUAAGCUUAGAGUUAAAUUCUUUAGGACAACUAGCAAUACUAAUUAAGUGAGGAAAUGAGAAAUAUUAAAAUGAGAAAAACUUUGUCAAUAAACGUAAUGAAUGAUACUAUCUGUGCUAGUAGUAAUGCUAAUAAAUCUACAGUGUUAUUUUCUGAGGGACAGAAUUCAAGAGUGUGUUCUAGGAUCAACCAGUUUCUUUUUAGUUGAAAUUUAGCUAAUAACUAUCAAAUAACUAUUCUGAUUUUUGAAGAAGCAUCCCUUGACCAACAUGAACUCUAACAGAAUUAUUGCAGGUGAGUCUGUGCUAUGGAGUGCUCACAAAGGAUACCUUUACAGGUUUAAGACCAAGAGCUGAUUGACCUACCAAAUAAUAGACAGAUUCAUAUGAUCAGGAACAUGUCAAUAACGUGUCUUUGUGUUC